AUGCACGGAUAUCAUAAUCCCUCGAAUGACACUGCAGGUGCUGGUGGAGGCCAUGCCCCGAAAAAACCCUGUCUUAUCGAGACGCCUAUCGCAGGGACCCCGGACAACGGCAGCGAUUUCUAUAACACUCCCUUGGCUGCAGGUACACCAGAGAUGGAUACGACCAGCUUGAAUGCUGGAAACAGAGAAGCCGAACCUUUCGCUUCCUCCAAGCCAAACCAUGUGAUCCCCGGAUUGAACCUUAUUCACCAUUCCUCCGAACAACAAACUGGCUCGCAGUUGACCGAACACACAACCAAGCGAGAGCAAGAUGAACCAGUGAAUCACCAAGAAUCCGAGACAGAAAUAAAGCAGGAGGAAAUCCCGCACACCUCUCAGGCCGAGCCCUCCGAGGCAGUGGUUAAGGAGGAGACAGAGGCCAACCAAAUCAAAAAUUCGCCCAUGGAUAUCGGGCAAGAUACGCGCGAAGAUAAUAUGAUCGAAGUCACUGGACAGGCUGGCGAUGCCAACGAAGAGGAGCACCCUGAGUGGGAGGUUGACUCUUCCCCGUACGAGUCAUCUUCAGACAGCUCUGAUUCCUCGGACUCCGAUGAUAGUGACGAUGAAGACUACCCCAUCCUCAGCGCCGAGGAGCAAGCGCAGAUUCUCAUGCGGGCGGAAGGUGGCUCUGAUGACGAGGGAGACGGCAAGGGGAAACCAGGCGGACAACUGCGGACCGCCAACGAGAUCGAACAGGAGAUCCUGCCUGUCCCUGAUGUUAAGAUCACACCGGAGAUGAAGAUUGUGUUCCUCGGCAAAGUGCAUGCGGCUAUCGAUAACAAUGUUCUUAUUGAGGCCAAUACCUCUGGAGAAUAUCAGGUACUUGAGUCGGGCUCCCUGCUCUGCUCUGAUGAUCGCCAGAUUAUGGGUGUCGUAGCAGAGACCCUGGGCAGAGUGGAGAACCCUCUGUAUACCGUCACAUAUGCCACAGCCGCCGAAGUCCAGGAAAAAGGCUUUGUCAAGGGCAAAGAUGUCUUCUAUGUUGAGGAGCACUCCACGUUUGUGUUCACCCAGCCGCUCAAGGGCAUGAAGGGCAGUGACGCCUCCAACUUCCACGACGAGGAAGUUGCCGAUGAAGAGAUCGAAUUCUCUGACGAUGAAGCGGAAGCUGAAUACAAGCGGAAGCUGAAGCAGAAGAGACAAGAGCGAAAGGAAGCCAGAGAAGGCCCCAAAGGCAAGAAGCCAGCCCCAGGACCUUCAAAAUUGAACCAGACCGAGCUCAACUACGACGAUGCCGGGGCCGAGGAGGGCUACACCCCUCUUGCUCGCCCUACCAACCUCCACGAGAUGAUGAAUACUCGCGAGCCACCAGUUGAAGGCAACGAGCGUGGCGGGUUCCGUGGCGGAAGAGGUCGUGGCCGGGGUGACCGUGGACGUGGAGGACGAGGCAGAGGUGGACGCGGUGGAAGGGAGUGGGACCAGGAUCGUCGACCCCAGCAGACCAGCGGUUCAACCCACGAGUCUCAGCCUCAGCCUCAAGCCCAGCCCGCUGCUCCCUACGGCCAGCCAAUGUACCAGCAACCCCAGCAGCCAUACGGGAUGGCCCAGCCCUUCGCCGCGUAUGCGCAAUACGCACAGCAGCAAGCCCAGAACCCGCAGCUCGCACCACAGCAACAGCCGCAAUUCGGCCAAGGUGGAGCGCAGCCACAGAUGCCCUUCCAGUUCUCUCCAUAUCCGGCCUUCCAACAACCGCCGCCCAAUAACUUCCAGAACGCCCAACAGGGUGCUUCUCAAUUCAGUCCUCAAACCCUGGCUAUGUUGCAGCAACAACAGCAGCAACAAUUCCUGCAGCUUUUGCAACACCAGCAGCUUUACCAACAGUCUCAACAGCAUUAUCAACAGCCACAGCCACAGCCACAGCAUCAGGCUCCCCACGCCCAAGCCCCGGCUAUGAACUUUGACCAAGUUAAAGCUCAGCUGGAUCUGUUGCGGAACCUGAGCGGCGGGAACCAGGGUCAUCCUCCUUCAUGA